ACACCUACUAAUGUCAUAUUAUCAUAUGUCAAUGGGAACCGGCUGACUGUCAAUGUCACACGUCUAAAUAAAUAUUUAGUCAAAAAACUUCCAGAACCGAAGGUUAUUUUAAUUUUAGGAAAAAUAAAAGGUACAUAAAAAUGAAAUAAAAGUCUUUCACUAAACUACAGCAAGGUUUUAUCUCAAAAAUAUUGUCUUGAAGAAAUACAAGUCACAAAUUUGUUGAAAAAGCCGUACAAACAUGACAAAACUCCUCACUCAUCGGCUAAUAUCAUUAGUAUUCCAUGGAUAUAAAUACAGUACCGCUGCAAAAACUGUGGCCACAGUGAAGAUAAACAACAAGGAUUUUAAUUCAGACGAGUUUACUAACAUCACGCCGAAGAUAAUUUCGUAUUUAGGCCGCAACUUGCAUUUGCAGAAGGACAAUCCUCUGAGUAUCGUGCGCCAAAGGAUUGUAAACUAUUUCUAUUCUUCAUUUACUCAUAGAGGGAAUCCUUCUUUCAGUGUUUAUGAUAAUUUAUCACCGAUAGUGACAACUAAACAAAAUUUCGAUGAUUUGCUCAUACCGGUUGACCACCCAAGCAGGGCAAAGUCUGACUGUUACUAUGUGAACAAGGAGGUGCUCCUUCGAGCUCACAUGACAGCACAUCAGAGUGAGCUGUUGAGGUCUGGACUUGACAACUUUCUGAUGAUCGGUGAUGUGUAUAGGAGGGAUGAAAUUGAUUCCACACACUUUCCUGUGUUCCACCAGCUGGAUGCAGUAAGAUCACAAACAAAAGAAGAGCUAUUUCCAAAGCAGCCAGAUUUGGACAUAUUUGAGCCAGAGUUUGACCGAAAUAAUCCACAUAACUUUACAAACAGUAUAACAGAUCCGAGUAAACAAAAAUGUCAUACAUUGGAAGCAACAAAGCUUAUGGAAAAUCAACUAAAGAGCCACCUCAUUGGCCUAGUGAAGGUGCUUUUUGGGAAAGAUAUCAAAUAUAGAUGGGUAGAUGCAUAUUUUCCGUUCACUCACCCAUCUUGGGAGCUAGAAAUAUUUUACGAAAACAGUUGGCUUGAAGUUCUAGGCUGCGGGAUUGUACGUAAUGAAAUCUUGGUCAACGCUGGUCCAAAUAACACUAUUGCCUAUGCUUUUGGACUUGGGUUAGAGAGGCUAGCAAUGGCAUUGUAUAAGAUACCAGAUAUUAGGCUCAUGUGGAGUACAGAUUCUGGAUUCAUAUCACAAUUCCAAAAUAAAGGUUUAAAUGAGAAGAUUAAGUAUAAACCGGUUUCACUAUAUCCUCAAUGUGUUAAUGAUAUAUCAUUUUGGCUGCCUGAAGAUCUUACUGUGGACUCAUUCAAUAGUAAUGACUUCUAUGAUUUGGUCCGCGAUUUAGGUGGGGAUAUCAUUGAACAGGUAAAACUAAAGGACAAGUUUGUUCAUCCAAAGACAAAUAAGCACAGUGUGUGUUUCAGCAUCGUGUACAGACAUUUGGAGCGGACACUGACACAGGCCGAAGUAAACUCUGUCCAUAAGGAGAUUGAGAAGGCAACUAUGGAUGCCUUCAGAGUUGUUAUUAGAUAGAUAUGUUAGGUGUUUUUAAUAAAUAAUUUAAUUGUUA